AUGACAGCUUUCGAAACACCCAAAUCGACCGGGGACAUCUGGAUCUCAACAUCGCCCCUCGACGAUAUUGAAGCACCUAAGAUACUUCCCCUGAACAGUAGCUCGGGCGAACAAUGGGAGUUUGACGGUAUCUCCGAGGAUGGAAUGAAUGCUUUUAUUUUUGGGUUUUACCGUGAUCCAGGGCUCUCUCUCAUGGGCUCAGGCAACCUGCGACUCUCAGCUGAACUCGCAUACGCGAAUGGAACGCGAUUUGGUCGAGUCGACUAUGCAAUGGAGUCCAUCGUUGAGUCUUGCUCCGGUGGAACCAGAGGAAUUUGGAAAGGCGAUGACUUCAGCUAUACAUUCGAAAUUUCGAAGGACAUGAGCCACUUAAGGUUGGGCAUGGAUACACCGGACCUGAAAGGCAACAUCUUUAUGAAGUCAAAAACAGCUCCGCGUUAUGCCGAUGCCCAGAUUUGGCCUUCGGAGAACGCAUCCACAGCAAUAUCGCCCUAUUUCCAUUGGAUAGAGCCCAUUCCUGUUGGCGACGUCCAGGUGGAUUUGACAGUCAACGGCGAAGGAUUCACGUGGGAAGGUCUUGGGGGUCAUAACCGCCUUUGGUCACCAUUCAGCUGGUUCACAUGCCUCAAGUCAAUGAAUGCAGUGCGAAUGGUAGCGGGACCAUACGCGCUAUCCUUCAUGAAGUUCACGUCAAGGAUCCGAUGGGACGAAGAGUACACAUCUAUCCUUUUGAUGAAAGACGGCAAGAAGAUCUUCUCAUCAACUCUGAAUCAACCUUCUGACAGCGAGGAUUAUGUUUUGGAUGAAAAGACAUACGACGGAACUGUUACAGGCACCCUCCGAGACAGGGUGACGGGCUAUGAACUCGAACUUGUCUCUCCCAGCCGCAAGAAGCACUGGACUUUCAUUAUGGAGCAUAAGAACAUCGCUUUUGAGUACCUUGUUGGGAAAGGCCGUGGUGGGAGUGGAUUUUCUGCGAGCUCAAGUGGCGGACCGGUCGGAUUAGAGCAGUUCAGAGGAGUCGCUCUUACGGAAGCACUGAACUUUCCAGACAGUUCUCCUCUCUUCAAGAGGCAAUAUAAGGAAGGAAGAUAG